UUCAUAGCGCGUCAGAACACGGAAGUGCCGUCGGUCCAUCCAUAGUGGAAGUGCUGCUGUUGGAAAUGCGGUAAAACAUCGACAAAACAUCAAAUUCACACAUGUGUUGGCGUGUGUGAGUGAGACAUGGUGCUGGAACAUGGGAAACAGCAGAAACGCUCGUCGCAGCCAUCUAAUAGCGAGGGCGACGCGGACGGUUCGUUCGUGUUUGAGGCCAAAGAGGCCUGGAAGGAUUUCCACAACUCCCUCAGACAGUUCUAUGAGAACGGAGAACUCUGCGACGUCACUCUGAAGGUUGGAAACAGACUCAUACCAUGCCACAAACUAGUUCUGGCCUGCGUUGUUCCAUACUUUCGUGCCAUGUUCCUCUCAGAUAUGGCCGAGGCCAAACAGGAUUUAAUUGAGAUACGAGAUUUCGACGCCGACGCCAUCCAGGACCUUGUGGGUUUCGCAUACUCCUCGCGACUGACGCUAACGGUGGAUAACGUUCAGCCGUUGCUGUACGCGGCCUGCAUCCUGCAGGUGGAGUUGAUCGCCCGUGCCUGUUGCGAGUACAUGAAAGCUCAUUUUCACCCCUCCAACUGUCUGGCCGUUCGCACGUUUGCAGAGAGUCACAACAGGGUGGACCUGAUGGACAUGGCCGACCGUUACGCGUGCGAGCAUUUCAGCGAAGUGGUGGAGUGUGAGGAUUUCAUCUGCGUUUCACCACAGCACCUGAAAACGCUGCUGGCCUCCAGUGACCUGAACAUUCAGUCUGAGACUCAAGUGUACAACGCCGCAGUCAAAUGGCUGAAAGCCAAUCCGAAGCACCACGACGUCUGGCUGGAUCAGAUCAUGUCUCAGGUGCGUCUUCCUCUGCUGCCGGUGGAUUUCCUCACAGCCACUGUUGCCAAAGAGGAGAUGAUCAAGGCCAAUUUGAACUGCAGAGACCUUUUGGAUGAAGCUCGGAAUUAUCAUUUGCACCUUAGUAACAAAAGCGUUCCUGACUUUGAGUAUUCUAUCCGUACGACUCCCCGAAAACACACCGCAGGUGUUUUGUUCUGCGUUGGGGGACGGGGUGGUUCCGGUGACCCGUUCCGUAGUAUCGAGUGUUACUCCAUCAGUAAAAAUAGCUGGUUCUUCGGGCCUGAAAUGAACAGCAGACGCAGACACGUGGGAGUGAUUUCAGUAGCAGGUAAAGUUUAUGCUGUUGGAGGCCACGAUGGCAAUGAGCACCUCGGGAACAUGGAGAUGUUUGAUCCACAUACCAACAAAUGGAUGAUGAAAGCGUCCAUGAACACAAAACGGAGGGGGAUUGCGUUGGCUGCUCUCGGCGGUCCCAUCUACGCUAUCGGUGGUCUGGAUGAUAACUCCUGCUUCAGUGACGUGGAGCGUUACGACAUCGAGUCGGACCGCUGGAGCGCCGUUGCCUCUAUGAACACGCCCAGAGGCGGCGUCGGUUCUGUGGCGCUUGGGGGCUACGUGUACGCGGUCGGAGGAAAUGAUGGCGUUGCAUCACUGUCCAGCGUGGAGCGGUUCGACCCUCAUCUGAACAAAUGGACAGAUGUGCGAGAAAUGGGGCAGCGGCGCGCUGGAAACGGUGUCAGUGAACUCAACGGAUGCCUCUAUGUUGUUGGUGGGUUUGACGAUAAUUCUCCACUGAGCUCAGUGGAACGGUUCGACCCCAGGACAAACCGCUGGGAGUAUGUGGCGGAGUUGACCACACCCAGGGGCGGAGUCGGUGUUGCCACAGUGAUGGGGCGUGUCUUUGCAGUGGGGGGGCACAAUGGAAACAUCUACCUGAAUACGGUGGAGGCCUUCGAGCCCCGGAUGAACAGAUGGGAGCUGGUUGGCUCUGUGUCUCACUGUCGGGCCGGUGCCGGUGUCGCCGUCUGUUCCACUCACAUCAGUCAGAUACGAGAUGUCGGCCAGGGCUCCAAUAAUGUCGCUGACUGUAUGUAGCCACAUUGUCAUAGUAUGACACACUGCAACACUAACGCUUCAGUCUCAAUACACACCAAACACCUGCAUUCAGCUGUAAUGUGGCUCUGAAAUCUGGUGUCUAUUUAUUUAUUUAUUGAAUCAACUCCUGUGUACUACAUGACAAGAGAACUUCAUGCGUUUUUGCUUUGAUUUUGUGUUAGUUGAAAGUGUUGUUUUUUUUCCUAGCUGUGAGAUCACAUGAUGUUUGUGCUGAUUUCUGCUGCCUGAACUGCUGAAAGUAAUUUCUCUCUUAGACAAUAAGAAACCGUCAGUAAACUAGAUUAUAGUGUUCAGAAAUCAGAAGUGAAGUUCAGUCCCCGAACAUCCAUGACGUGAGUUCAGUAAAGCGUUCCUGUGUUUAAAAGGCAGAAUGACAUCAGACACUUAUAAAUGCACAAGGUUAAAAACCACAAUUUUGUGACUUCAGGACACAAAGAAUGAUCAUAAAGAGAUUGUUCUGUAGCCGGCUAUUUGUUUUGCGUGCGUACAAUCACAGACGUGAUCCGGACAACAUAAGAGAUUCUUGAGCACUAACGGAGUCGCGAUAGUGACGUCUCAUUUAUGACUUCAGUAAGACUGUCUUAAUGGAACCCUGGGUGAGAUCUAGACUGGUUUUAUGUCGGUCUAGAGUGAUGAUACGUGAUAAAGGUUGUGCUUUUCACUGCCAUACAUGAAUUUGAACGGCAAGCUAAGAGAAGCUCAGAGAUGCUUUCAUAUGUUGCUGUUGUGUAUUACAAAUGUAAUGCUUUUCUGGCUUGGUUAUAUUGCAUUCACUUUUUUUUUUUCUUAUUUUUUUUACUUGAUUUGGUUAAAAGUGAGAUAUAAAUAUUACUAUAAUUAGUAUGUAAAUUACAUUUUGAAGCAAAUCUGUUAAACAGUGAGGGAAUACGUUGAGAUUUGUGUUUUCUUUUUCCAAUGUGACUUGAGUUUUAUUUUAAAAAUGACUUUGAUUUCUGAAUAUAAAAUAUUUAUUUUAUGUAAUGCAUCUUUUUUUUCUUAUAGUUGGCAAACAGUUCAUAUUGUUGAUUUUAUUCAGUAACUAUUGGUUGGACUCCAGCGUGUCCAGAGUGACGUUAGAAACAUCUGCUUACAUUUGAGAUCUGCUGUUGAAAUGUUGAUAUUGUUGAAAUGUGUUUUACAUUAUAUUUCUGUCACAGAUGAUAGCAUUCAGUCAGGUGAAACAACUAUAAUAUGUUAUUCAUAUAGUGAUUUAUUUAAUAUUUGUGCAGCUUUAGUCUGUCCAAAGGAGGACAGAAUGACAUGUCAAUUAUUACUUGUGGCUGCAUUUCUGUACCUGCUGAUUUAAAUGCAGCAUAUUUGAUAGAUAUUUAUCUCAAACAAAAGUGACCUGUCUGAACAAUGACUCUUCUAUUCACCAAUGUAUACAUUUUUGUGUUUUUGCUUAAUAUCUGUUUAUUUAUUUCCUUUAGUUUUUUCUUUUGUGCAUUUUUUUUUUUUUUUACCUUUUAUAACAACAAAAUAAAAGAACAAAGCAAAGUUUC